AAGGCAUAUUCAAUGGCUGUUCUUCAAAAGGCUCCUGGACAAUCUGUUGGCACCGACAGUGAACCAAGAAUGUGGAACUCAAACAAUAUCAGUUUAGGAAACCCCUGUAACUACAGUGCAGUAAUAACAAGACAAGCCAUUCCGGCGAUAUAUGGUUUCAUCUUUAUUGGAGGGAUCCUACUGAAUGGAGUAGCCGCCUGGGUCUUCCUACACAUCCCUAGUAAGACAACCUUUGUUGUCUAUCUCAAGAACAUUGUCAUAGCGGACCUCAUCAUGAGCUUAACAUUCCCGGUCAAAAUUCUUGCUGACACAAAAAUUGGGCCUUGGCAGCUCAAUGUUAUUGUCUGCCGCUUCUCAGCUGUUCUUUUCUACCUAAAUAUGUACAUCAGCAUCACCUUGUUUGGGCUCAUAAGCAUCGACAGAUGCUCCAAAGUUGUGAAGCCACAGUAUGUCACCACUAUUCAGAGUGUGCGCUGCAGCAAAGUACUCUGCUUAUUAGCCUGGGCCCUACAAAUUCUGGUGUCACUUCCCAAUAUGAUUUUAACCAACAAAAGCCCCACCAAAGAAACUUCAGGACGUUGUAUGAAGCUCAAAAGUGAUUUGGGAUUACAGUGGCACACUGUUUCAAACUACAUCUGCCUAGGAAUUUUUUGGAUUGUUUUUGCUAUAUUAAUAGUCUGCUACAGUUCUAUUGCAAGGAAAAUAUACAUUUCCCACAAAAAAUUCAAAAGAAACUCCACAGCGACAAGGAAAAAAACCAAUCGGAAUAUUUUCAUUAUUAUGCUGGUAUUUAUCAUCUGUUUUGUCCCCUAUCAUAUUGGCAGAAUCCCAUACACAUUAAGUCAAACUUCACCAAAGUACAGCUGCCAGUCAAAAAAGCCACUGUUCUACAUGAAGGAAUUCAGCCUAAUACUUUCUGCUGCAAAUGUUUGCCUUGAUCCUAUUAUUUAUGUAUUCCUAUGCCAACCAUUCAAAGAAAGGCUGUACCAAAAACUGCACCUCAAGUUGAAGGCUGAGGACCUGGAGAACUCUAGAUCAAGAAGGUCAAAUGCAGUUUGUGAAACUGUUAUUUCAUAA